AUGACACCAUAUACCCAAGAUCAGCUGGAUCGCUAUUUCCGGCAUAUCGGCUAUUCGCCGAAGGAUGCCGAAGACGACCUCGGCAGGCUUGCCAUGUUGCAGCUACGCCACAUGGCCCGCGUUCCAUUUGAGAGUCUGACAUUGCAUUACUCCCAACACCACCGAUUGUCACUGGACCUGGAGGACCUUUUUGAAAAGAUUGUGGACAAGGGGAGGGGAGGCUACUGCAUGGAGGUCAAUACGUUCUUCGGAGCCGUCUUGCGCAGUCUGGGUUACACACUCAUUAACGUAGGAGGAAGAGUGAAGGCAGGCGAUGGAGAGUACAAAGGAUGGAAUCACAUGGUCAACAUCGUGACCAUCAACAACACACGUUAUCUGGUUGAUGUAGGAUUUGGCUCCCAUGGCUCGGUUAAUCCAGUGCCUCUGGAGCACAACAACGUCUUCACUACAGUCUCACCAGCACGAGGUGUACUCGAAUACAAAAGCCUCUCCCAACACACCGACCCUACCAACCAAAGGAUAUGGGUAUACUCAACCCAGGAAAACCCGUCUGCGCCCUGGAAGGAAAUGUACUGUUUUGCCGCCGACACAGAGUUCUUCCCGGCCGAUUUUGAGGUCAUGAACCUAUCAACUAUGACCAGCCCUCAAAGCUUCUUUGUGCAGACCGUCAUGUGCAUGUGGCUUCUGCUCAACGACAACAAUAACAACGACGACGACAACAAACAGAAACAGCCUAUAGGCCUCCUGAUCUUGCACAAGGAUUAUGUCAAGAGGAGGAUAGGCGAUAAGUCCGAGAUCAUCGAGCAAUUUGAGUCGGAAGAGCAGAGAGUGAAGGCCCUGCACAAGUAUUUCGGCAUCGUGCUUACAAGAAAAGAGAAGGAGGCAAUUCGCGGCUUGCCAAGCGAGUUGAAGACGAGGUGCGGGCAUUGUUGAGUGAAUACGUAACUGGGGUUACCCGGGAAAUUGGAACUGCAUGCUGAAGUGAAGGUAUGGGGAGCAGAGAACGGAGGUUUUGCCGUUUGUCUCGUCUUCAUUCGACACCAUAAGACAACGUGCAAAUAGUGUGGUACCCAAUCAUCUUGGGCCCAGCUACCUUGAACAUUCGCCGAAUAGGUGCUCCUCACACCCGCACCCGCACCCACCUGCCUGGAGAGGAUCAAACAAGGGAGCUGUACAUGCAAAAACGUGGAAGAGUGGUACGCAAUCAGCAAAUUCCACGAGGUUGGCGAGAGUUAACUCAAUGUUUUUUCCGAGCUCCUUCCUUCCUAAACCUGUUUCCCCUUGGAUUAACACACCAUCUCGGGGCCAACACCUCACCAAAACCCUUUCCACUCGGUUCAUAUUCGCAGAAUCCGUUCCAGAAAAUGUGUUUCAAC